ACGGCGUCUAGGUGACUCGCGCCUGCGCGGAGGCCCCGCAACGGCGCCGCGGGCUGGGACUCCGGCGAAGCUCCCCCUAGGUCGCGGCGGGUGUUCGCACCGGCGUUUCGCGACGGUCGCUGGGCCCGGUCUGACGCCCUGCCGGGCCAUGACCCAGUGCGCGGAGGCGGCGGCGGUGGCGGCCACGGUGCCGGGCGCGGGCAUGGGGAAAACCGGGCUCCGGCCGUCCAUGGUGCCCCGCCAGGCGUCCUUCUUCCCGCCGCCGGUGCCCAACCCCUUCGUGCAGCAGACACGGAUGGGCGCGGCGAGUCGCCUCCAGAUUUUCUUUCUUGGAAUUAUCCUGCUUCCAAUCCGUGUCUUGCUGAUUGCAUUAAUUAUAUUACUGGCGUGGCCGUUUGCUGCCAUUUCAACGGCAUGCUGUCCUGAAAAGCUGGCCCAUCCAAUAACUGGUUGGAGAAGGAAAAUGACUCAACCAGUUUUGAAGUUUCUGGGUCGUGCCAUGUUCUUUGUGAUGGGAUUCAUAGUUACCGUGAAAGGAAAGGUCGCGAGUACUGCGGAGGCACCAAUUUUCGUUGCUGCCCCUCACUCGACAUUCUUUGAUGGAAUCGCCUGUGUGGUAGCUGGGUUACCUUCCAUGGUAUCUCGAAACGAGAAUGCGCACGUCCCUCUGAUUGGCAGACUUUUACGAGCUGUGCAGCCAGUGCUCGUGUCCCGUAUAGACCCGGAUUCUCGGAAAAACACGAUAAAUGAAAUAAUAAGGCGAGCAAGCUCAGGAGGGCAGUGGCCUCAGAUACUAGUUUUCCCAGAAGGUACUUGUACUAAUCGUUCCUGUUUGAUUACUUUUAAACCAGGGGCCUUCAUUCCAGGGGUUCCGGUGCAGCCAAUCCUCCUCAGAUACCCCAACAAGCUGGAUACUGUGACUUGGACGUGGCAGGGAUAUACAUUCAUUCAGCUCUGUAUGCUCACGUUCUGCCAGCUCUUCACAAAGGUGGAAGUUGAGUUUAUGCCUGUUCAAGUACCAAGUGAUGAAGAAAAAAACGAUCCCAUCCUUUAUGCCUCUAGAGUCCGGACUUUAAUGGCAGAAGCUUUGGGGAUUCCAGUAACAGACCACACCUACGAAGACUGCAGAUUAAUGAUUUCAGCAGGACAGUUGACACUGCCCAUGGAAGCCGGGUUGGUGGAAUUUACCAAAAUUAGCCGGAAAUUGAAGUUAGAUUGGGAUAGUGUCCGUAAGCAACUGGAUGAGUACGCAGCCAUCGCUGGCUCUUCAAAAGGAGGAAGAAUCGGGAUUGAAGAAUUUGCGGAGUAUUUAAAGCUGCCCGUGUCAGACGUCUUGAGACAGCUCUUCGCACUCUUUGACAGGAACCAUGAUGGCAGCAUUGACUUCCGAGAAUAUGUGAUUGGUCUGGCUGUCCUGUGUCACCCUGCCAACACGGAGGACAUCAUCCAAGUGGCAUUUAAGCUCUUUGAUCUUGAUGAGGAUGGCUACAUCACAGAGGAAGAGUUUUCCACCAUUUUGCAGGCCUCCCUCGGGGUGCCCGACCUGGAUGUUUCUGGUCUCUUCCAGGAAAUAGCCCAGGGAGAUUCUGUGUCCUAUGAGGAAUUUAAAUGUUUUGCCCUAAAGCAUCCACAAUAUGCUAAGAUAUUUACAACCUACUUAGACCUCCAGACGUGCCAUGUCUUUUCAUUGCCGAAAGAAGUCCAGGCAGCUCCCUUGAUGGCCAGCAAUAAAGUCAGUCCCGAAAAUCUUGACGAGAGCACCUCAGACAAAAAAGAUGAUUGAAAGCAAAUCUUCACAAUAAGGAAAGUCAUUUACUUGAAAUCAUAAAGGCAUUUAUUGAUAGUAUUUUCAGUGUGACUUUUGAGUAACGAUGAUGUUUAAAAUGGAAAGCUUUUUUUAAAAUAAAAAUGAUAGACUUUUUUAUUAAAAUGCUUUUAUUCUUACAUAUGUAUAUGAAGUAAGAUUCCCUCUCUUUUAUGUUGUAUUGUGCUGUACUGAUUGGUUUACUGGGGAUAAAUAUGUAUUUAUGGAUUUCCCAGCUUAAUUUGCAUAUGCAAACGAAUGCAGUGAUCUCACUUAUUUUCUGAUGAGCACUAAUCAACACUGUAAAAAGUUCUAAAGAGGUAAGAACUUUUUAAAUCUACUUCCCUCUAAAGAAAUGAAGUAAUACUGUUAUCUCGAAUCCCUUCCUGUUCUGGAAAUAAGAGCGAGAAGUCUAAGGAACAUCGUGGAAUUUCAUGCCUUUAACUACACAGACGCUUUAUUUCUAUUUCCAAUUCAGUUUCUUGGAUCACUGAAUAUGAUGGAUUGGAAGGGAGAGCUUCGUUAACUCAAUGAGACUUCUUAAAACUCAUAUUCUCUCUAUUGCAUUUUCACUGAAGAUUCCCUUAACCACCUGCUAAGGAAAUUAUACCAUUUUGUGUGAUCUACAGUUUAGAACUUUGUUUUAAAGACUCAGGCUAUGGCCAAAGGCUAAGUGAGAAUUGCUUUAUUGCAGAUCACCUUAAUAACCUGCUGAGAAAACGAAUCAUUUGCCACAGAGUCUAGCUUGACUUGCAUAGUUCAGAAUGUGGGGCUUGCCCACUAAAUGAGUCAGAUCUGCUCUAUUUAUAUAAUAAGUAUUAGAAUUAACACAUAUUACUGUCCAAGUGGGAGGGUAAGUGUCCUCACAAAUCUUACAGCUUGUCUUAGAUUUAUCUACAGGG